AUGGCAGCGAGUGGUAUGGACAGGCAUAUCACGAUCUUCUCAGAUCAGGGAAGAUUGUAUCAAGUCGGUUCGUGGAUUGCUCCAAUGCUCACGAGUGGCUUAGAGUAUGCUUUCAAGGCCAUAACGGCAGCUAAUAUCACUUCCGUCGGUGUGAGAGGAAAGAACUGUGCGGUGGUGCUGUCACAAAAGAAAGUCCCCGAUAGACUGAUCGACCCAUCAUCUGUUUCAUACAUCUUCAGACUCUCGCCUGCCGUCGGCUGUGUGAUGACAGGUUCAAUUGCAGAUGCGAGGGCGUCAGCACAAAGAGCGCAAGGAGAAGCAGCAGAAUUCAAAUACAAAUUCGGAUACGAGAUGCCCUGCGACGUCUUGGCCAAACGAUUAGCGAAUAUCAAUCAAGUCUAUACACAAAAAGCAUACAUGCGACCACUGGGCGUGGCGCAAAUACUGAUAUCGGUUGAUUCCGAAUAUGGACCUCAACUUUACAAAUGUGAUCCAGCAGGGUACUUCGUGGGAUACAAAGCCACAGCAGCUGGACCAAAGCAGCAGGAGGCGCUGAACUACUUGGAGAAGAAGCUGAAGAAAAAAGAUUACGCGGAAGGGACGUGGGAAGAUGUGGUCGAAUUGGGAAUAUCUGCGUUGAGUACAGUGCUCAGUGUUGAUUUCAAGAAGACCGAACUCGAAGUAGGCGUAGUAGGGGCAUCAAAGCCAGGAGCGGAGGAUAGCCUGGAUCCAAACCAAUUUCGGAUACUUUCAGAGGAGGAGAUAGACGAACGACUUCAGUCUAUCGCGGAGAAGGAUUGA